UUGUGAGACUAUUGGUCAGUUUAAUGUAUUCCACAUUUAUCCAUCGCAUUGCGUUGCAAAUGUGUUUUAUUUGCAAAAUAUUGCAUUCCGAUCUUCCCAGUGAAGUUUUUUUUUAGCAGGAAACUGUACACGCGUCAUUUAUAACAUGGAGGCGAUUCGUCAUGUUCAAACUGACGGCAGCUGCCUCAGUGACGUCAUGAAAGAAAAGUAGGCGGAGAGAGAAAGCAUGAGAGAGAGGAGACGUGACCCAGUCCUCUGUUGUUAAGACCAAUAAUAAUAAUAAUAAUAGUAAUAAUAUUAGUAAUGCAUCUGAUGUCUCGGGCUGUGUCUCCUCCGCCGUGAGACCAAGCACCGGCGCCGGCUGUCAGCGGCUCUGCUGCGGGGCGACGUCGUCUCCUGGCGGCCGGCAGUGAAUGAGGAGGACCGGUGGCCGACAGGGAGCGGUCCUUUCAUCCCGGGGCUGCCUCCUCGCCGGAUGGAGACCGGCUGUGUGCAGGCGGCGAUGGCCACGGGAGAGGCCUCGAGGAAAGGGGGGUCGCUUCGGAACGUGGCGGUGGAGCGCAGGAACCUCAUCGCGGUCUGCAGGUUUUCGGUGAAGACGCUGUUGGAGAAGUACACAGCCGAACCAAUCGAUGAUUCCUCCGAGGAGUUCAUCAAUUUCGCCGCCAUCCUGGAGCACAUCCUCAGCCACCGAUUCAAAGGGACCGGCAGCUGGUUCGAUGGUCAGAGGAGUUACUGGGACUACGUCCGCAUGGCCUGCGCCAAAGUCCCCAACAGCUGCAUCGGCAGCAUCGAGAGCAUGGAGAACAUCAGCAGCUCCCGGGCCAAGGGGCGAGCCUGGAUCAGAGUCGCCCUGAUGGAGAAGAGGCUGUCUGAAUACAUGGCAACUGCUCUGAGGGACGGCAGAACAACCAGGAGGUUCUAUGCAGAGGGAGCCAUCGUGUUGAGAGAGGAAGCCACGGUCCUCACUGGGAUGCUCAUCGGUCUCGGAGCCAUAGAUUUCAGUUUCUGUCUGAAAGGGGAGGCGUUGGAUGGGAAAUCCUCGGCGGUGAUUGACUACACACCGUACUUGAAGUUCUCACAAAGCUACGAGUACCUGAGCGACGAUGACGAUCGGCAGAGCGUCGACAGCAGCACCAGCGACGACAGCGUCCCCGAUCACCCGUACGUCCCCCUGGUCCCCGACGAGGACAGCUGGAGCACAAGGUGCCGCAAGAUGGAGCAGAGGUUCAAGAUCGUCAACGCUCAAAAGGGUUACCUGGAGGAGCUGGUGCGCCUGCGUGAGUCCCAGCUGAAGAACACAGAAACAGAGAACAAGAGGCUGAAGGCCCGACUGGAGGAGCUGCAGAGCCACAGCACACAGGAGAAGAAGGACCUGGAGAACAUAGUCCUGGAGCUUCAGGAGCAGAUGACCAGCCUGAUUCCACGUGACUCCAACCACCUGGCCAAAAACCUCUCAAUCCCUCUGGUCAACCAGUGGCCGGCGCCGCAGCCGCACAAAAGCCAAGACGACGUCAAGCUGUUCCGCAGGAGGAGCUUCCCGAGCAGCGAGCUGCUGUCCGUGGACAUCAGCCUGGACUCGGACUCCCAGAGAACUGAGGGGAAGCAGAAUGGCGGAGCCUGGUGCACAGAAAAGGACUACACCCCCUCCAUGGUGGGCCUCUGUGGGUCCUUGGCCUCCCUCCGCAGCUGUAAGUCUCUGGCGAGCCUCAAGUCCAGCGAGUGCCUGGUGAACAUCAGCGCAGAGAACAGCCCCGUCCCGUCUCCCUGCUGGGGGGCGCCAAAGACUCACCGCCGACCGCUUAACUGACCCAGAGCACACUGCAAGAAUACUUUUGUGGCCCUUAUGUGAGUCCCUGUACCUUUCUGCUGGCGCUGUCUUAACUUCAACCUUUUAAGAAUUUGUAAAAAAAAAAAUUAAAAAAAAAAAAAAAAAGAGUAGCUUGGUUGUCUGCGAUUGUCCAGCGAAGCGGAAGCGCUGCUGCAUUUGCCCCACGGCCUGCUGUCUUCGGGCUGUCUUGACACGAUCAAGUGUCUCCUGGAAUGCAGACGGCCGGUUCCAGUUCGGUGUUCCCUCACGUCUCGAAGCUUCUGUCACAUCUGCAGCAGGUCGCAUUAAUCAGAACCCAGCUGGUGUUGUCCUGCGUGUAUCUGCCCGCUUGUCUGCGUCCGAUCAGUCUGUCAGCGUAUCUCAUUCUCAUCUCAUUCUGCCUCUUGCAUAAUAACGGCAGCGCAGGGUGGAGGAGCCCGUAUAAUCUUCUAGGGAACAGAAACUAUGGUUUGCCAUAUUAUAUUGCAUUAUUAACAGAGACAUUUUAAAAAAGAGAGGCUUAUGCUGUGCUGAGUUAAAAUUGCCGCAGGGACUUAGGAUGAAACCUAUUCGGAUUUAACAGCUUUGUGUGGAGUUAGAAUAAAUAAAAGGUUGUUUUCAAUCAUGCUGUAGGUUAGACACAGAUUUUGGACGUGACACUAAAGACCCGUCAGGCUGAAAAGGUUUGCAGAGCCACUACAAUGUGAACAUUGAAAUUAGACUUAAAAUCUAUUGCAUAUAAAUGCAAAGUGCAUUAUGACUAUGCAGAAUGAAUGUUUUCAUUGUCUUUUACAACAAACCUGGCAUUAUGAAGUAGUUUUAUCGGGAGAGGAAUAGUGAAUGUGCAACAAGUGUUUGUCAUUUUAAUUUUUGACUCUGUUUUCUGUGUUCUUUUUGUAUUUGAAUACAUUUCUUGACAUACUUACUUGUAUGAUUUACCACCAUGUAAAUUGCAGUCCCGUGUAUUGCUGUUGAAAGUUGGGAUGUAUUGUAUUAUUUCAAACUGCAAUAAAACUGCCUUUUUUUUAAGCAUUCCACGUAA